AUGGCAACAGACAGUGCGAUGAGUGUCGUUAUGGAAAAGAAAUUCGAUGUCGUAGGUGAGGAUGCCGAGAUCGGUGAGGUCAAGAGUGCGGUUGAGCUGCCCAAGCAAUGGGGAAAUCCUACCCUUCGUAAAUUACGAUAUGCCUGGGCCAGCUCGUACCGCAAGACCUUCACUCUCAUCUUCGCCAUCAACCUCGCCGUCUUCAUUGCACUUGUCGCGACUGCACCGAAUGGCCGGCCUGAACAUCGCGAUAUCGGAACCGCAGCAUCAGCAAAUCUCCUGGCGGCAAUUCUGUUUCGCCAGGAGAACUUCCUCAAUGUCGUGUAUGAGGUGUUUGCACGCGCUCCUCAUUCUUGGCCGUUGAGCGUCCGCAAGCGUUUCGCAAAGGUCUUUCACUACGGCGGAGUUCACUCUGGCUGUGGCGUCGCUGCUGUUGUAUGGUACAUCAUGUACACCGUGGAAGCCACGCUUCUUCUGAUUGAAGACAAGAACACGCACGGCGACAUUUUGGCCAACAUGGUCACCUCUUGGGUUCUGGUAACCAUGUUCAUCGUAAUCCUCGCCGGCGCACAUCCUUGGUUCCGGAGAAACUACCACGACCACUUCGAGGCAUUCCAUCGCUUUGCUGGAUGGACGGCGCUGGUAAACUUUUGGGUUCAUAAUGUCUUCUCGGCUGCCAUCACCGCGCGCGAGACUGGCGAUACCACUGGCAUGGCACUUUUAAAAACACCCUCCUUCUGGACAAUCCUCGUCUCGACGGCUUGCACUGUACUAUCCUGGUCGCGCCUGCGGCUCCGCAAAGUAUAUCCGGAGAAGCUGUCAGAUCAUGCCACGCGCCUGCACUUUCGGUACGCAGGUAUGCCUUCCUUUUACGGCGUCAAACUCGCGGACCGCCCCCUCCUCGAAUGGCACGCCUUUGCUACCAUACCUGACAUUGACGAGACAACGGGUAAGACGACCGGUUUCAGCGUCGUGGUCAGCAACGCCGGCGACUGGACGAACAAGCAGAUUAUGGCUUCGGGCGAGCGAAAGCUCUGGAUCCGCGGCAACCCUCUGCACGGCUUACUUUACACGUCCCGCCUCUUCAAGCGCAUCGUCCUUGUCGCAACAGGCUCUGGCAUCGGACCUUGUCUCAGUCUCAUGCAUGCUAAUAUUACGCCGACGAGGGUAUACUGGAGUACCCGGGAUCCGCAGCAGAACUACGGCCGAAGUGUUGUCAACGCAGUGAAGAAGGCCGAUCCUCGGGCCGUGAUAUGGAACACGAGUACACAGGGCCGCGGUACGAUCGUGCAAAGCGUGUACAAGUUGGUGAAAGAGAGCGACGCUGAGGCGGUGUUUAUUAUCAGCAACCCCAAAGUGACGGAAAUGGUCGUUUUCGGCAUGCAGAGUCGCGGCGUUCCGGCGUAUGGUGCGAUAUUCGAUUCUUGA